GCGGAGUGGGUCGGGCGGGGCCGAGCCGGGCCGUGGGCCGUGUGGGGGCCAGGCCGGGCCGGCGGACGGCAGGAUGGGCUGCACCGUGAGCGCCGAGGACAAGGCGGCAGCCGAGCGCUCUAAGAUGAUCGAUAAGAACCUGCGGGAGGACGGCGAGAAGGCGGCGCGGGAGGUGAAGUUGCUUCUGCUAGGUGCCGGGGAAUCUGGAAAGAGCACCAUCGUCAAGCAGAUGAAGAUCAUCCACGAAGAUGGCUACUCAGAGGAAGAAUGCCGGCAGUACCGGGCGGUCGUCUACAGCAACACCAUCCAGUCUAUCAUGGCCAUAGUCAAGGCCAUGGGCAACCUGCAGAUUGACUUUGCUGACCCCCAGCGUGCAGAUGAUGCCAGACAGCUGUUUGCACUGUCCUGUGCUGCUGAGGAACAAGGCAUGCUUCCUGAAGACCUGUCCGGUGUCAUCCGGAGGCUCUGGGCUGACCAUGGUGUGCAAGCCUGCUUUGGCCGCUCACGGGAGUACCAGCUUAAUGACUCAGCCGCUUACUACCUGAACGACCUGGAGCGCAUCGCACAAAGUGACUACAUCCCUACGCAGCAGGAUGUGCUGCGGACCCGUGUGAAAACCACAGGCAUCGUGGAAACACACUUCACCUUCAAGGACUUACACUUCAAGAUGUUCGAUGUGGGCGGUCAGCGAUCCGAGCGGAAGAAGUGGAUCCACUGCUUUGAGGGUGUCACAGCCAUCAUCUUCUGUGUCGCCCUGAGUGCCUAUGAUUUGGUGCUGGCUGAGGAUGAAGAGAUGAAUCGCAUGCACGAGAGCAUGAAGCUGUUUGACAGCAUCUGCAACAACAAGUGGUUCACAGACACCUCCAUCAUUCUUUUCCUCAACAAGAAGGACCUGUUCGAAGAGAAGAUCUCACAGAGCCCCCUGACCAUCUGUUUCCCUGAGUACACAGGGGCCAACAAGUAUGAUGAGGCAGCCAGCUACAUCCAGAGCAAGUUUGAGGACCUGAAUAAACGCAAAGACACCAAGGAGAUAUAUACGCACUUCACGUGCGCCACCGACACCAAGAACGUGCAGUUUGUGUUUGAUGCCGUCACUGACGUCAUCAUCAAGAACAACCUGAAGGACUGUGGCCUCUUCUGAGGGGCAGCGGGCCUGGCAGGACGGGCCACCGCCGACUCUGCUCCCUACUACCCCUGAGGAAGAUGGGGGCAAGAAGACCAUGCUCCCUGCCUGUUGUCCCCCUCUCCCCCAGCUGCUUCUCCCAUCUUUUCUCUCUGUUUCAGCUCCCCUGCCCCCCUCCCCCAGCUCUAGCCUUGUGGGGAGGGGUUGCCACAGGCCUCCCUGUUUGAAGCCCACCUUUGUCUGAGGUUGGGCGUGGCCAUGGUACACCAUUCCUGGUUUUCUAACCGUUGUGUUGUUCUGGGGUGAGGGGGGGGUGGCGCAUGCAGAGUUUCCCAAGGCCUGUGUCUGGAGAAGUAUCCACUUCUCCAGCCUAGACCCCUGGCUUUGUCCAACACCAGCCCUGACCCAAGUCCAAAUGUUUACAGGGAGCCUCCCGCCUACCCCACCCUCUGCCGCUCGGAGGCCCCAAAGGAAAAAGCACAAGAAUCGUGAGUGACACCGCCAUUCCUGGGGACGCACAGUCCACCUGCUUACUCUCGUAGCUUUAAAGAGAGAAAGAAAGAAAAAGAAAGUAA